CAUCUGAUAGAACAUGAGGUCGCCAAAGUAGAUUCCCUCGUGUCUCGAGGUGAGAAGGAACUAUAUUGGAAAUCCAAAGGCCUCAAUGAUUAUAUAAGUGAAUUAGGUUCUCUGGUGGAAAAUCUUUGGGGUCGGGUAAAAGCGAGUCAAAUCAAUGUCGAUAAAAUUCAAAGUAUCUUUGAGUCCUGGAUAAGAACGCCCCUAAUCGAGAGGAAGGAUCAUCGUAAAGAUUUACUUCUAUCGCUUGAUGAGAGAGUGGAGAAAGUUUCAAAACGUUAUAAAGAUAUCAAAAAUGCAGCCGACGAGAUUCAUUCGCUGUUGGGGGAAAAUCAAUUGUGCUUUGAAAUUACUGACACUGAUAAUGAGGCGUGGAAGGAGUAUGUGGCAUUUAUUGACGAUAUGGUGAUGGAAUCGUUGAGAAAAACAGUGGGUUGUAGUCUUAGUUAUCUGGUGGAAAAUAUGGAUCCAGUUUCGCAGAGGGAGCCAUUAUUUGAAGCAUCGUUAGAACUUCGUGAACCUGAUCUUUAUUAUGUCCCUUCAUUAGAGCCUGAGGAUCCCGAUGGUUUGGAUCGUUUAGUCACUGGAUUGUUGACCGAUAUUAUUGGAAUGUCCACACUUGUGCCACGUCUUAAGAAUGAUAAACCAUAUGCUGAUGAAUUGGAAGACGAUGAGGAUAUUAAGUCAAUGAAGGAGGAAAUUCUUUUUGGUGUUAAUAGAGCAAUUGAGGAGGCUAUGGAUUUUUGUGGUGUAUUUGAAGGAUACGCAUAUCUGUGGUUAGAAGACAGAGAAACGGUGAUGCAACAAUUUUUAGACUAUUCCCGUCAGCUGACUGUCGAUGAGCUGGAAAUAAUAGCAACAAACGAUCCAAAAUUACCGGAAAAAUGUGCACCAAAAAUGGAGAAUUUUCGUGAACAAAUUGAUCUUUACGAGGGACUUUAUUUGGAAAUUGAAGAAAUGGAGCCAUUCAAGGUCUUCUGUGGAUGGUUUCGUGUUGAUUUGAAACCAUUUAAACAAUCGUUGCUCAAUACUGUUUGCAAAUGGUCGAGUAUGUUUAAGAAACAUUUGGUUGAAAGAGUCACUACAAGUUUAGCAGAUUUAGGAAAUUUUAUCAGAUUGGCUGAUGAGGGAAUUUUGCAACAAAUUCAACCGGGUGAUUAUAUGGGUCUCGUUAGUGUAAUGGGUUAUUUAAUGCAAGUGAAGGAACGUCAGCCAACCACCGACGAAAUGUUCCAACCACUGCAGGAAACAGUGGAACUUUUAAAAUUUUAUGAUCAAGAUAUUCCAGAGGAAGUUAAUGUUCUCCUUCAAGAAUUGCCUGAUCAAUGGGCUAACACCAAAAAAUUGGCUCAAAUGGUGAAACAACAAGUUGCUCCCCUUCAAGCCGGCGAAGUGUCGAGAAUUCGUGGUCGUAUAUCGGCAUUCGAUACAACAAUUGGCCACUAUCGGGAGGCAUUUCGUCGUUAUGGUUUCUUUAAAUUCACCUGCGAAAAUCCUUAUGAGCAACUGGACGAGGCCGAUAAGGAAAUUUGCAUGCUCGAACGUCAAAUGAAUGACAUUCAAGAAUCGGCAUCACUUUUUGAAGUGACUGUUUCUGAAUUUAAACAUCUUAAGCAAUGCCGACGAGAAUUGAAAAUGUUGAAGCAGCUAUGGGAUUACGUGAAUAUUGUAAGAAGCAGCAUUGAGGGCUGGAAAACGACGCCUUGGAGGAAAAUAGACGUGGAGAACAUGGAUAUUGAGUGUAAAAAAUUCGCCAAAGAAAUUCGAGUUUCUUUGGACAAGGAAAUGAGACCUUGGGACACUUAUAUAUCAUUGGAGGCGACUGUAAAAAAUAUGCUAACAUCAUUAAGAGCCGUUGGUGAGUUACAAAAUCCCGCCAUCAGAGAAAGACACUGGAGACAAUUGAUGAACAGUACAAAGGUUCAAUUUGUAAUGGACGAAUCGACAACAUUAGCGGAUCUAUUGGAACUGAAUUUGCACGAGUGCGAAGAGGAGGUGAAAAAUAUCGUUGACAAGGCUGUCAAGGAGAUGUCAAUGGAAAAAUAUUUAAGGGAGUUGAAGGUGACUUGGUCGGGAAUGGAAUUCGAGAGGGAAAUUCACGCUCGAACUGGAGCAACUUUACUGAGAGCCAGUGAGGAACUUAUUGAAACUUUGGAGGAAAAUCAAGUACAACUGCAAAAUUUGAUAACGUCGAAAUUCAUUGCACACUUUCUCGAGGAAGUUUCGACUUGGCAGAAAAAAUUAAGUAUUGCCGAUCAAGUGACGACCGUUUGGUUUGAAGUUCAACGCACUUGGAUGCAUUUGGAGAGUAUAUUCAUGUCCUCGGAGGACAUUAGAAAUCAAUUGCCAGUGGAUGCAGAGCGUUUUGUUCGAAUUGACAAGGAAUUCAAAGAAAUGACCGAGGAUAUGUCAAAGACGCCAAAUGUCGUGCAGGCAACAAAUCGCGAUGGUCUAGCGAGUGCUUUGGAAAUUUUACAAAAUGAAUUGGUUCUUUGUGAAAAAGCACUAGCCGAAUAUCUUGAAACAAAACGUCUUGCAUUUCCCAGAUUUUAUUUCGUCUCAUCAACCGAUUUACUCGACAUUCUCUCAAAUGCCACACAACCGUCAGUUGUCGCGAAACAUUUAACAAAACUUUUCGAUUCCAUGGCGAGAUUAAAUUUCGCCAAAACUAAAGACGGCGAACCGAAACGAAUCGUUGGAAUGCACGCGAAGGAUGGAGAAUACGUGGAAUUCACCAACUAUGAAAUGAUUUGCGAAGGAGCAGUGGAGGUUUGGUUGAAUCGCCUCCAAAUGGCAAUGAGAGUAUCAAUUCGUCAUUAUUUCAGUGAAUCAGUGGUAUUGUAUGAGGAGAAACCACGUGAACAAUGGCUUUUUGAUUAUCCAGCGCAAGUGUCACUAUGUGGAACACAAAUUUGGUGGACCACUGAGGUGACACUGGCUUUUGGAAGAUUAGAGGAGGGUUACGAUAAUUCAAUUAAGGAUUAUUUGAAAAAACAAAUUUCCCAAUUGAGUACAUUAAUUUCCCUUCUUCUUGGCGAACUAAGUAAACAGGAUCGUCAGAAGGUGAUGACAAUUUGUACAAUUGACGUUCAUUCGAGAGAUGUUGUGGCAAAAUUGGUUCAAGCUAAAGUUGAAACUGCUCAGGCCUUUCAGUGGCAAAGUCAAUUGCGACAUCGAUGGGACGAAAAGGAGAAGGAUUGCUUUGCAAAUAUUUGCGACGCUCAAUUCAAAUAUUCACACGAAUAUUUGGGAAAUACUCCAAGACUGGUGAUAACUCCCCUGACAGACAGAUGCUACAUCACGUUAACGCAAUCUCUUCAUCUUGUGAUGGGGGGUGGUCCAGCAGGACCAGCCGGAACGGGAAAAACGGAAACAACGAAAGAUUUAGGUAGAGCCUUGGGUAUAAUGGUAUAUGUGUUCAACUGUUCGGAGCAAAUGGAUUAUAAAUCUUGUGGCAACAUUUAUAAAGGACUCGCUCAAACCGGCGCUUGGGGUUGCUUCGAUGAAUUCAACCGAAUUUCCGUCGAGGUACUCUCAGUGGUUGCAGUUCAAGUGAAAUCCGUGCAAGACGCAAUUAGAGAUAAGAAAAAUAAAUUCAAUUUCAUGGGCGAAAUAAUUGCUCUUGUGCCAUCGGUUGGUAUAUUUAUAACAAUGAAUCCAGGUUACGCGGGACGCACUGAAUUGCCGGAAAAUUUGAAAGCACUAUUUCGUCCCUGCGCAAUGGUUGUACCUGAUUUUGAAUUGAUUUGCGAAAUUAUGCUGGUGGCUGAGGGUUUUCAGGAGGCGAAAAUUUUAGCGCGCAAAUUUAUUACACUCUAUACAUUGUGCAAGGAAUUAUUGUCGAAGCAGGAUCAUUACGAUUGGGGUUUGAGGGCAAUUAAAUCGGUGUUGGUGGUUGCAGGAAGUUUGAAGAGAGGCGAUCCGGGAAGACCGGAAGAAGAGGUCCUUAUGCGGGCAUUGAGGGAUUUUAAUAUACCAAAAGUUGUUUCAGACGAUUUACCAGUUUUUAUGGGCUUAAUAGCCGAUCUAUUUCCCGCUCUCGAUGUUCCCAGGAAGAGGGAUAUUGAUUUUGAGAAGACAGUGAAGCAGGCGGCUGCUGAUUUACUUCUUCAGCCGGAGGAUGGUUUUAUCUUGAAAGUCGUUCAACUGGAGGAAUUGCUGGAAGUUAGACACUCGGUUUUUAUUGUUGGCCUCGCUGGUUGUGGUAAAACGAAAGUGUGGAAUACUCUCUUCAGGACCUAUCAGAACAUCAAGAGAAAACCCAUUUACAACGAUCUGAAUCCAAAGGCAGUAACGAAUGACGAACUAUUUGGAAUCAUCAAUCCAGCAACUCGUGAAUGGAAGGACGGUCUAUUUUCAGUGAUAAUGAGGGAGCAAGCCAAUCUUGGAGGCGAGAAUCCCAAGUGGAUUGUCCUAGACGGAGACAUUGACCCAAUGUGGAUUGAAUCACUAAACACCGUUAUGGAUGACAACAAAGUUUUGACUCUCGCCAGCAAUGAGCGAAUCGCAUUAACACCCGCCAUGAGACUUCUUUUUGAAAUAUCGAAUCUCAGAACAGCGACGCCAGCAACUGUCUCAAGAGCUGGAAUUCUCUACAUCAACGCCCAAGACUUGGGUUGGAAUCCCUACGUGACCAGCUGGAUCGAAAAACGAACAUUAGCCAGUGAAAAAUCAAGUCUCGUUAUGCUGUUCGACAAAUACAUUCCCCAGUGUCUAGAAACACUGAGAACCAGAUUUAAGAAGAUAACCCCCAUCGCUGACAUGGCGCACGUGGAGAUGCUCUGCCAUCUCUUAAAUUGCCUCCUAGUUCCCGAACUAACCGCCAACGAUUUCUCCAAAGACGAUUAUGAACUCUACUUCGUAUUCGCCGCAGUCUGGGCUUUCGGAUCAUCAAUGUUCCAAGACCAAACCGUCGACUAUCGUAUCGAAUUCACCAAAUGGUGGGUCAAUGAAUUCAAACAAGUGAAAUUCCCCGCUCAAGGAACUGUAUUCGACUGCUACAUUGAUCAGGAGACGAAAACAUUUGUCCCCUGGUCACAAAGAUUGCCGAGAUUUGAACUCGAUCCGGAUAUACCACUGCAGGCGGUUCUUGUCUACACUGCGGAAUCAAUUAGAAUUCGUUACUUCCUCGAUUUGCUGAUGAAUGAAAAACAUCCGGUGAUGUUGGUCGGUACGGCUGGUUGUGGGAAAACUGUACUUGUUUCGGAAAAAUUGUUACAACUCUCUGAGAAUUACGCAGUGACUAAUGUGCCGUUUAAUUUUUAUACAUCUUCGGAGAUGUUGCAGAAGAUAUUGGAGAAGCCUUUGGAGAAAAAGGCGGGUAGAAAUUAUGGACCACCUGGCAAUAAGACAUUGGUUUAUUUUAUUGAUGAUAUGAAUAUGCCGGAGGUUGAUACGUACGGGACGGUGCAGCCUCAUACUUUGAUCAGACAGCAUUUAGAUUAUGAGCAUUGGUACGAUAGGACGAAAUUAUCACUUAAGGAUAUUCACAAUUGUCAGUAUGUGAGUUGCAUGAAUCCGACUGCUGGAUCGUUUACUAUUAAUCCAAGAUUGCAGAGGCAUUUUGCUGUCUUUGCUGUCAGCUUCCCUAAUGCUGAAUCUUUGACCACAAUUUAUGCAUCAAUAUUGUCUCAGCAUUUGGCAAAUAUCGAACACAGGUUUCCACCUACUGUCACGAAUUUAUGUUCAAAUAUCGUCCAAGCUUCUCUUCAAUUGCAUAAUCGUUCGGCUCAAGUGUUCCUGCCAACAGCCGUUAAAUUCCACUACAUAUUCAAUUUACGCGAUUUAUCCAAUUGCUUUCAGGGUUUACUAUUCAGUACGAAUGAAUGUCUACAGAUACCAUCGGAUUUUCUACGACUAUGGCUCCAUGAGACGCAGCGUGUCUAUGGUGACAAAUUAGUCGACGAGAAGGAUAUUGAGAAUUUUUACAAAUUUCAACUUGAUAUAUUGAAGAAAAAUUUUGAAGAAAUUGACGAAGGGACAGUUUUGGAGAAGCCGAAUAUCUACUGUCACUUUGCAGGUGGAGUUGGCGAACCCAAAUACAUGCCAGUCCUCGAUUGGACGGCUCUUCAUCGUCUACUCUCAGAAGCUUUAGUCAGUUACAAUGAUCUAGUGUCAGCAAUGAAUCUCGUACUAUUCGAGGACGCAAUGAUGCACGUGUGUCGAAUAAAUCGAAUUCUAGAAUCACCGAGAGGAAGUGCAUUACUAGUAGGAGUUGGUGGAUCAGGAAAACAAAGUCUAUCUCGUCUAGCAGCUUUCAUCAGCUCACUGGAAGUAUUUCAAAUCCAGUUGCGAAAAGGUUACGCUGUUACUGACUUUAAAUUAGAAUUAGCCUCCCUAUAUACAAAGUCAGGUUUAAAAAAUCUGGGAAUAAUGUUUCUGAUGACUGACGCCCAAGUGCCGAAUGAACAAUUUUUGGUGCUCAUCAAUGACAUGUUGGCUUCCGGUGAAGUUCCCGAUCUGUUUCCCGAAGAUGAAGUGGAGAACAUAAUUGCUGGCGUGCGUAAUGAAGUGAAAGGAGCUGGAAUUCUUGACAGUAGGGAAAAUUGUUGGAAAUUCUUUAUAGACAGGGUAAGACGUCAAUUGAGAGUUGUGUUGUGCUUCUCACCGGUUGGAUCAACUUUGAGAGUGAGGUCAAGAAAAUUUCCAGCAAUUAUCAAUUGUACAGCAAUCAAUUGGUUUCAUGAGUGGCCCCAGGAGGCUCUUAUGUCAGUUUCGAAAAGAUUUCUUCAGGAACUUGAAGAACUACCAGAAGGUUACAGAGAAUCAGCUGCGAAAUUUAUGGCUCACGCUCACACGACAGUUAAUACGGCUAGUCGGCAGUAUUUGGCUAGCGAAAGAAGGUACAAUUACACAACACCAAAGUCUUUUUUGGAGCAAAUCAGUUUAUAUACAAAAUUGCUAAAAGCAAAAGCAAAGCAACUUCGGGGUCGUAUCGAAAGACUCGAAAAUGGAUUAGCAAAGUUGAGGUCAACUGCCGUUCAAGUUGACGAACUGAAGCAGAAAUUGGCCAUUCAGGAAAUUGAAUUACAGCAGAAGAAUGAGGCUGCUGAUACUCUUAUUACAAUUGUAGGCGUCGAAACCGAAAAAGUGCAAAAAGAAAAAGCCCUAGCCGACGAGGAGGAGACGAAAGUUGCGAUGAUUGCCGAAGAAGUAUUGAAGAAGCAAAAAGACUGCGAAGCCGAUUUGGUAAAAGCAGAGCCAGCAUUGCUAGCAGCCCAGGAGGCUUUGAAUACUCUUAAUAAAGCUAAUCUCACGGAACUAAAAUCCUUUGGUUCGCCACCGGGAGCCGUUACGAAUGUCACAGCCGCCGUUAUGGUUCUUUUAGCACCAAAUGGAAAAGUACCAAAAGAUCGAAGUUGGAAAGCAGCCAAGAUAACAAUGGCCAAAGUCGACACAUUCCUUGACGGAUUGAUUAAUUACGACAAGGAGAAUAUUCAUCCGGAAGUAACCAAAGCAAUACAACCUUAUUUAAAGGAUUCUGAAUUCGAACCGGAAUUCGUUCGUUCAAAAUCGGCAGCUGCAGCCGGAUUGUGCGCCUGGGUAAUUAAUAUCAUCAAAUUCUAUGAAGUAUUUUGUGACGUUGAACCAAAACGGAAAGCCCUCGCACAGGCGAACGCUGAAUUAGCUGCAGCUCAGGAUAAAUUGAGCGGCAUAAAGCGAAAAGUUGCCUCUCUGGAGGAGCAACUAGCAAAAUUGACAGCCGAUUUUGAGCAAGCAACAGCUGAAAAAUUGAAGUGCCAAAAAGAAGCCGAUGCCACAAAUGCAACAAUUGCCCUCGCAAAUCGUCUCGUGGGUGGUUUGGCUUCUGAAAAUGUUCGCUGGGCUGAUUCUGUUGCAAGCUUCAUGCAACAAGGAGCAACAUUACCAGGGGACGUUCUAUUGAUCACGUCCUUCAUUUCCUACGUAGGAUGUUUCACGAAACAAUUUCGAUUAGAUCUUUUAAACAAACAGUGGUUGCCGUUUCUACGAAAUAUUGAACCAGCUGUUCCAAUUACGGACGGUCUUGAUCCACUAUCUCUACUAACAGACGACACCCAAAUAGCAAAGUGGAACAACGAAGGUCUGCCAAAUGACCGAAUGUCCACUGAAAAUGCCACUAUUUUAUCAAACUCCGAUCGUUGGCCUCUAAUGAUAGAUCCCCAGCUUCAAGGAAUAAAAUGGAUUAAGCAAAAGUACGGUGAGGAAUUGAAGGUGAUUCGUUUGGGACAACGUGGCUAUUUGGAUAUAAUUGAAGUGUCAUUAGCGAAAGGUUCCACUGUACUUGUGGAAAAUAUUGGCGAAUCUGUUGAUCCUGUUUUGGAUCCUCUACUGGGUAGAAAUCUAAUUAAAAAAGGACGUGCUAUCAAAAUUGGCGAUAAGGAAGUUGAAUACAAUUCCAAUUUUCGACUACUGCUGCACACAAAAUUAGCGAAUCCUCAUUAUAAACCCGAGAUGCAGGCACAGACAACUUUGAUUAAUUUCACAGUGACUAGAGAUGGUUUAGAGGAUCAACUACUGGCCGAGGUGGUCAAAGCCGAACGUCCCGAUCUCGAGGAAUUGAAGGCUGAUCUAACCAGACAGCAGAAUGAUUUUAAAAUUACUCUCAACAGUCUCGAAGAUUCACUACUCUCCAGACUUUCGUCGGCGGACAGCAAUGUUCUCGGUGACACGGCACUGGUGGAAAAUUUAGAAACGACAAAACGAACGGCAGCCGAGGUGGAGAAGAAGGUUAAGGAGGCUCGUGGUACAAGCCGUGAAAUUGACGCAGCUCGUGAAUUGUACAGACCAGCGGCGGCAAGAGCCUCGCUUUUAUAUUUCAUUCUCAACGAUUUGAAUAUGAUUAAUCCGAUUUAUCAAUUUUCAUUGAAGGCCUUCAGUGUUGUAUUUCAGAAGGCAAUAUUGCGAGCUGAUCCGGCGCCCGAUGUCGAGAGUCGAGUAGCAAAUUUGAUAGAGUGCAUCACCUACUCGGUCUUCAUGUACACGACGAGAGGACUCUUUGAAUGUGAUAAACUCAUAUUCACAUCGCAAAUGACAUUUCAGGUAUUGCUUGCGCGCAAGGAAAUUUCUGCCACUGAUCUCGAUUUUCUUUUGAGGUUUCCCAUCACUCCACACGUCACAUCGCCUGUUGAAUUUUUGACCAAUACCAGUUGGGGUGGAAUUCGAAGUUUGUCCAGCAAAGACGAGUUCCGGAAUCUGGAUAGAGAUAUAGAAACUUCGUCAAAACGUUGGAAGAAAUUUAUUGAAUGUGAGUGUCCUGAAAGGGAAAAAUUCCCCCAAGAAUGGAAGAAUAAAACGGCUCUUCAGCGACUGUGUAUGUUGAGGGCUUUGCGACCUGACAGAAUGACCUACGCGAUUGCCGCUUUUAUUGAAGAAAAAUUAGGUUCACGUUAUGUCGAAGGAAGAACUGUCGAAUUCUCCAAAUCGUUCGAGGAAACGAGUCCUUCAACUCCUAUUUUCUUUAUUCUCUCGCCAGGAGUUAAUCCACUCAAGGAUGUUGAGGAUUUAGGAAGAAGAUUUGGAUUCACGUCGGAUGAUCAAAAUUUUCAUAAUGUUUCACUGGGUCAGGGUCAAGAGAGUGUUGCUGAGUCUGCAAUGGAUGAAGCCUCACAAAAAGGCCACUGGGUUGUUUUACAAAAUAUACAUUUGGUGAAAAAAUGGUUGCCACAUUUGGAGAAAAAAUUGGAAGUCGCUUCUGAGGGUUCGGAUCCAAAUUACCGAGUAUUCAUGAGUGCUGAGCCUGCGAGUUCACCGUCCAGUCACAUUAUUCCACAGGGAAUUUUGGAGUCGUCGAUAAAAAUAACGAAUGAACCGCCAACGGGAAUGCAGGCAAAUUUACACAAAGCUCUGGAUAAUUUUACGCAGGAAACAUUGGAGAUUUGUAGCAAGGAAGCUGAGUUCAAGUCGAUAUUAUUCUCCUUGUGCUACUUUCAUGCAGUGGUUGCCGAGAGGAGGAAAUUUGGUCCUCAAGGAUGGAAUAAAAUUUAUCCCUUCAAUGUUGGCGAUUUGAAUAUCAGUGUGAGUGUUUUGUAUAAUUAUUUGGAAGCAUCGCCAAAGGUGCCUUGGGAGGAUUUAAGAUAUCUCUUCGGCGAAAUAAUGUAUGGAGGACACAUAACCGAUGAUUGGGAUCGGCGAUUGUGCGUUUCAUAUUUGGAGGAGUUAAUGCAACCCGAUCUUGUUGAUGGAGAACUGCAUUUGGCUCCAGGUUUCCCUGCCCCACCAAAUACCGACUUGGUUGGUUAUCAUACAUAUAUCGAUGAGGCAAUGCCACCAGAAUCUCCAUAUUUAUAUGGUCUUCAUCCAAAUGCUGAAAUUGGUUUUUUAACAACAACAUCGGAAAAUUUAUUUAAAACCGUUUUUGAAAUGCAACCAAGAGACGCUGGCAGUUCGGGUGGUCAAACUGUUACCAGAGAGGAAAAGGUGAAACAAAUAUUGGACGAGAUAAUAGAAAAAUUACCGGAGGAAUUCAACAUGACGGAAAUAAUGGGUAAAGUGGAGGAGCGAACGCCCUACGUUAUUGUUGCAUUUCAAGAAUGUGAAAGAAUGAAUUAUCUCACGGGGGAAAUUAAGAGAUCACUUCGCGAAUUAGAUUUGGGUUUAAAAGGAGAAUUGACAAUUACAUCGGACAUGGAGGAUCUUGAGAAUUCACUGUUUCUCGAUCAAGUGCCGACAGUUUGGACCCAAAGGGCUUAUCCUUCACUACUUGGACUCACUCCCUGGUUCGUUGAUUUACUCUUGAGACUCAGAGAAUUGGAAACUUGGUCCACUGACUUUGUGUUGCCAUCGUCAGUGUGGUUGGCAGGAUUUUUCAACCCUCAAUCGUUGUUAACAGCGAUAAUGCAGUCGACAGCCAGAAGGCAUGAACUUCCCCUCGACAAAAUGUGUUUGCAGUGUGACGUUACAAAGAAGAAUAAAGAAGAAUUCACGUCAGCGCCACGGGAUGGUGCUUACGUUCAUGGAAUCUUUAUGGAAGGUGCACGAUGGGAUGUUCAAGCGGGAAUUAUUGUUGAUUCGCGACCAAAGGAAUUGUUUCCAAUUAUGCCAGUGAUAAAUAUACGAGCGAUUACUCAAGAUAAACAAGAUUUAAGGAACAUGUAUGAAUGUCCUGUUUACAAAACGAGAACACGAGGUCCAACCUACGUUUGGACAUUUAAUUUGAAGACAAAAGAUAAACCCGCAAAGUGGACAUUGGCAGGAGUUGCUUUAUUAUUACAAACCUAAUUAAAAUUUUUAAUGAGAUUUAUUUUUUGUGUUUAUUGUCAACCGGGGCAAUUAUAGAACGGAAAAAUUCAAUUUUACCCCGUUUCUUCAUUAUUUUGUUAAUUACAUUUAUAAUUUAUCUUCUUUUUGUUCAUUAAAAAUUCCAAAUGGCCUUAAUAACUUUCUGUGAUUCCUGCGUUAUUGUUGAUUUUCUGUUAUUUUCCAAAUCAGUAUUAUUGUUACAAACGUUAUUAAAGAAAAUAUUAUUUAUAAAAAAUUCCAGUUGUCUUUUAAAACUAUUAAAUGUUACCCAAAAAAUGCGGUACUCAAUGUAUU